AUGUUGCUUGAGUCUGGGCAGAUCGAUGUGGACUCAAAAUACAAAAGUUGGACACCGUUAUCAAGGGCUGCACUAAAAGGACACGAGGAAGUAGUUAAGCUAUUACUUGACACCAGGCGAGUGGACGCGGACUCAAGGGACUCCGACGGCCGAACACCGUUAUCCAGUGCGGCGCUGUAUGGAUGUGAGGCAGUCGUGAAAGUGUUGAUUGAGGAUGGCAGAGUGAAUGUGGACACAAAGGACAAUCGGGGUCGGACACCAUUGUCCUUGGCUGCAAGUGGGUACUCUUGGAUUGGAAGUGAGGGACGUGAGGCGGUGGUGAAGUUGUUGCUUGAGACUGGGAAGGUGGAUAUGGACGCGAAGGACUCCGAUGGUUCCACCCCAUUGUCUAACGCGGCGUGGAAUGGCCAUGAGGAGGUGGUGAAGCUGUUACUUGCAACCGGGAGGGUCGACGUGGACUUGAUGGACUCCCGCGGCGUCACGCCAUUGUCCAAGGCCGCAGGGAAGGGCCAUGAGGCGGUGGUGAAGCUGUUAAUUGCGACCGGGUUGGCCGAUGUGGACUCAAAGGACUCUGAUGGUCGGACACCGUUGUCCUUCGCUGCACAGAAUGGAUACGAAGCGGUGGUGAAGUUGCUACUGGAGACUGGGGAGGUGGAUGUGGACACAAAAGACUCUCUUGGUCGAACAGCAUUGUCCUGGGCCGCGUUGAAUGGCAAUGAGGCGGUAGUGAGGCUGCUUGAAAGGUCUAUCAUUCACAGUCCUUGA